AUGCCGAUGCGUAAAACCACCAUUGGCUUAACGUUGAUUGGUCCAUGGUUUCUGAGCCUCAUCCAAUCAGCUACCCUGGAUCUGAACGUGGGUGCAUAUUUUGAGAUCAACACUACAAAUAGGGGAUGGAACAGUGCUGGGGUAUGGCCAGCGGUUCAACUAGCAGUGGAUCAUGUCAAUAAACGAGAUGACGUGUUACCUGGAUAUAACUUGAAGCUAAAUGUUAAAGACUCCAGGGUAUGUAGCAAAAUAAAUUAAUAGUCUAGAUCUGGAGAAAAUUUGAAAGAAAAAAAUGGAAAAUUGAAAAUUUGUUAUGGCCUACUUUUGUUCCCCAUUGUCUAAUUACCACCAGUCGGAGGGACCAAAAAUUUUCCCAGUCUUAAUCAAGCCCCUAUCCUAAUUAUUACUAACUGUUGGAGGAGGAUAAGAAUAUACCCUUGUUCUUUAACCAUCUUAGCCUCAAAUACCACCGUAGUUUGCUUGCUAUUUCUUCUCGGGCUGAGUACUAAAUGAAGGAUUAUGCAAAUCGAGGAGGACAGAUAAUGACCUCUAAGAUCUGAAUUUGAUACAAAGCAGUUGACAGAAAAGGCUAGUUUUAGAAAGGCCUUAGUAAAAUAUCGCGUGAGCAAUCAUUAACUUAGGGAGUAGCCUGCAAUUCAGGGGUUUUCUUCGGGCGCACGAAUAUUUUUGCUCGCGAAAGCGCCAUGUUGAAACUCCCGAAGAGAGAGGAAAUGAGCCAAGUCAAAAGGUGCGCCCUAGCACCACCCUCAGGGUUACUAUUUGUACUCUCCCCAAUCUACCUCUGUCAUAAAAUCAAAGAUGGCGGCUACAAUAACACGAACAUGAACAAGCUUUCGCCCACCCAAAAUACGCCUGCAGUGCAGGCUACUUGGGGAGCUGAAGCAAAGACAUUUUUGAGCGAUGCACGUCAACCGGAAGUUGACCUUUUUCAUUCGUGGGAAGAGGUUUAGCCCAAAUUUUCGGCCAAAUUGUCUCUAUGAAAGUAAAGACACUUAGCAAUACAAAUUUCGUAGCGUCAAGGCAUAUCAUAAAGGAAAAGGCCUAACUUUCGGUUAACGUGCGUCACUCCUGGCGUUGCAGUUAAAAACACCUUUACUUAAUCUCCCUAACAAUGAUCGAGACUGAAGAUAUGACCAAAAUCCUCAUGACAAAAGAUGAUCUCCAGGUUUGUGAUUCCAGUGAAGUCGCACAUGAAAUUCAUUUUCUUUUCUACUGCCCAAAAUAUCCUGGUCUUAGAAAUGAAUUUUUCGCUCAAGUAGGGAGAUUUCCAGAGCAUUUCCAGCAGUUGGUGACAUGGUGAUGGAACUGAUCAACUUCGUCCACAGGGCUUUUCCUUUUCCGAGGGGUCCCGCCCUUUCCAUGGGAAAAAGCCCUGAGGAAGUGGUUGUAAACUGAUAAGCUCUGAAUAAUUCGCGUGAUAGUUUACCAUCAUUUGAGAAUAAUGUUACUUGCCUUUAGCUUUGAUUAACACCAUUAAUACACAAUCAAAUGUAACGUUGUUGUAUUCAUGUAGUUGUCGUUGUUGUAUAAUUUUCGACUUGUUCUUCAUAUCGUGCAAACGCUGAAACCAAUAAUUGAUUCAUUGUUCAUAUGCCUUGUUCGAUCUACGUAAAAGUUCUCGUCUACAAAACAUUACACAAAAUACUAGAUUGAUUCACUUUUUACAGUGCUCAGACGCAUACGCAAUCAAGGCCCUGAUUGAACAUCUCAGCGAUCCGCUCACUUUCAUAGCCCUAUUUGGGCCUGGAUGUGCCCUUGCCACCGAACCAGUUGCAAGUGUGGCACGUUUCUGGAACCUCAUACAGGUAAAUUCUCUAAAUGAAUUCCUUGCCACCAACACCUUUUACGAGGUAGAGCUCACACAGAACUAAAAAAAUUUAAUAGUAGCCACGAUAACAUGAUCCUUGUGCAUGUACACUUGGGGCAAACUAUGUCAUUGAUCGCAGCGUUUCGUUUAUCAUAGAUCGAGGAUAUAUGGCUUAGAAUAGUGUGCGAACACUAUUUUCAAAAUAGUUCUCUCGUUCGCGAUCGUCGUCACGUUCCUUUCAUAAGUCGGUACAGGCUACUGAAUAAGGUCCCGUUUAUACGGAGCAAAGUUGUCCCUGGGAAGAGUAUCACCCUCCCCUGCAGCUUAGUCCGAUCUCCAGCGAGCAUAUGUGAGAAAAACUUAACGUUUACCUAUUGAAUGAGCCAAAAAGGCUCGCGCUGUCGCGCAUAUUCUGUUUGUCGUGCCUUGACUGUGUGGACUCGGUUGGGCGAGCCAACGUGUUUCUGUGAAGAAAAUUUGGCCCGGCUAGGAGGGUGACCCUACCAUCGAAGGGUGAACCGGCUAGGGGGGUCACCCGGCUUCAGUCGAGCCAAAUUUUUGUUCCUCAUGUAAAAGGUUCCUCUAGUUUUGUAAGGAAAUAUAAGAAAGUGUGGCUCUCCCAGAGUAGGUCAGGUUGGCGGUUGACCCUUCAACAACUUCCUGCCGGGAUAAGAUUUCUACAUAUAAACGGGGUCUAAGAAAAUAUCCAGGGGGGGGGGGGGGGGGGCAAAUCAAUUAGAGACCUUACAGAGUGGUGUUUACCAAAUGACCCCGUCGUAGAUUCUACAAAGCUGGGUUGGAUGAGGGAGAUGAGGUCAAGCAAAGUUUUAGCCUGAUGGUUCUCAUGAUUGAGCUAGAGCUGAGCCAUGCUGCUAUGCUCAGGUCCUACAACCUCCAGGACCCUUUAUUUUAAAACCUCAACAUUUUCUCUCAUGCUCACCCUUUGUUGGCUAGGGAGAGCCAUCAUAUGAACGCAAGACAGGCUAAGUAUUAUUGAAUCUUGGACCUUACAUGUUAAAUAAAUGAAUAAGCAAUCAUUUCUUCAUGAUGUCAAUAAAAAUGACUCAAGAAAGUGGUAAUUUUUUUAAGUGGUAUUUUCUCGUUUACCCACAGAUCUCGUACAGCGCUGGUUCUCCGCGCCUCUCGGACAAAACACGUUACCCGACCGUCUUUCGGUUAAACUCCGACGAGACGAAAUUUAAUGAAGGAAUUGUGGCUCUCUUGAAGCAUUUUAAGUGGAAGAAAGUUGCAGUCGUAAAACAAGAUGAAGCCAUGUUUAAUGACGUAAGUGAGAACUUUACUUUUCUCUGAGGAGAAUAUUUUGGUACACAAAAGAUACCACCGAGGCCGCAAAUGAACAAUUAAUGAAUGAGGCUGAAUAACCUGUGAAGAAUUAUGGAGAUCCAGGAGGGUGUUAUCGGUCGAGGCCGUAGGCCUAGGAGGAUAACACCCUGCGAGAUCUCCAUAAUUCAUCAUAUGAUACGAAAGCCGAAUUCAAUAUUUGUUUUGUUAUUCAUUCAAAAUAAUUCGUAGUUUAAAAACAUAGUUAAAACAUCCUUACCUCCAUCGAUCCAUCAACGUUAAGUUCAUCUUCGAUAGUGCACGUUAAGGGUUGUUCAGCUUCGCAAAUAUUCUCCAAAUAGCAGAUAUCGCUCUUCGAGUUGUCUUCUUGCUGUUCUUGCCAUGUUUUUAGUUAUUAUUUCGCCUAGUUCCUACUCUCGAAACGAGUGAAACGUCCGCCAUUUUCGUUUUCACAACCAAAACAACUCAACUUCGUCCCCAGGUCUUCUCGGUUAACGAUGCAUUAACCUGCCAGAAAGCGGCACUUUUGACGUCAGUGGUUCAUUAAACACGAAAUUCUUUCAAAUUUGGUCAUGCUGCGUGUGCUUUUAGCCAAUCAGAAUUGGGGAAAUAUUUUGAAUGAAUAAUAAUAAUCCUUAUUUGGUGUAAUGCGAAAGUGACGAACUGGUAAAAUUUAGUAAUAAUAUGUCGAUAAAAGUGGCAUGAUGAAAAAUGUGGGAUUUUUCUACUUUCUGUGCAUAAAGGUAUAAAAAAGUAGCAAAUUCCGCUGAAUGUACAAUUGUAGCAUGAAAAAUGGUUUUUCUCGAAACUGUUUGCAUUUAAUCAGCGUGUCCCCAGAAAUUCUAUAUCCCAUCCUUGAAUGCAAGUUAUAUAAUCUUGAAGACCGGGGUGGGGAUUAUCUGAUGGUUGAUGCGCCGCACGUUUAGAACACGGUCAACGUUCCUCUGGUAGGAUCACGGUGCGUCCAACAAAUUUUGAAAUAAACAACUUUUAAGGACAACAAGCAUUUUUUUGUAUCACUAAACACAUUUUAGGUUAACGAGGUUCUUCAAGCAGUGUUCAAGAAAGAAAACAUCACCCUUUUGGCAAGCAACAGUUUUGUUGAUAAUCCAGAUAAUGUCAUCAAAGAUCUCAAAGUACGUGGUAUUGCUUCGUACAUUGUUGUUAACAUUUAUACAACACAGGAGCUCAAAGAACAGCUCGCAUGAGCAAGUUUACCUUUUCGCUACUUUCUGGAUUCAUUGUAUUCAACUUCAAGAGUUCCCCUAGGCUGAAGAAUUCAUCAAGAAACGUCCUUCGUCCUUAAUCCUUAUUUUCCAUAAGGGGCAGAUUCUUUGGUGGGGUGGUUCAGCUGGUGGUUUGCAGGGUUUGCUGUACCGCCUAAUCUAUUAUUGCUUAGUCUUCGGUUUUGUGAUUGCAAUUAUGUGACUACGUAGAAAUAGCGGUACCUUCUCCACUUGGGGAUGAGUGCUUCAUGUUAAAUACAUUAAUAGCCAAAUAAAAAGAGCCAAGGGAAACGAAUUACUUCUUUGAUUUCAAUGUCAGUACCGUAACUGUUUCAUUUUAAUGUCGAAAACCUGUGCAGGAGUACGAAUAUUAGGAGCACUGACAGUUUUAAUUGUCUGCUUCAUACUAAAGCAUUCAUAGGCUGAAAGUGGAUAAUGGUGCGGAUAUUUUACAAGCCGAAGCAUUGUGUUAUUCUUUGCUUUUUCUUUCAGGAGAAGGAUGCGAGAAUAAUCAUUACUUUAAUGUACGAGGACAGAUGUAGAAGGCUCAUGUGUUCCGUAAGAAUAGGUUUCUGAUACAUGCCCCAUCUUUUAUUAUUAAUUUUCUCAUGCAUCUGCCAUCUGGUGCGCCCUAUCCGAAUAAUUUGUAAUAAGUAAUAAUAAUUAAAGCUAGCUUACACAAUUGCGAACUUAUUGAGGACACCUAACGACUUACAAACUAAACCACAUGAUGUACUUUUACAAACUUAAAAUAUAAUAUAUUGAUUUAGCCAGAGCUAAAAGCGAAGCCUCAGUUUAUGCAUUUUAAAUUUACUUCAGACAAUGGACUUGAAACCAUUGCAAAGAAGUCUACAAAUCUAUACUUAACUGUGGGGGAGAACCAUAUGACUGAAAAACAUAAACUUGAGCCUACGAUCGGUUUAAAACUAACAACUGGUAAGCGGAAAACUUCACAAAACACGUGACCUCAAUGAGUUGGCACCUGAGCCCGCGAUAUGGUCAUGCUGACUCUGGUCAGCGGGACACCCUGUUUUGACAACUGUCAACUGACUAUCAUAUGGAUGUCUACCAUCAAGUUAAACACAGGUUACAGGCUCCCACACUAACUAGAAAGUUUGACUCUCAUUGGAUUCAGUGUGGUGCAGACGGACGGGCGGACGAAUGGGUAAAGACGAUUUUUAGCGUAACAAAGCAUCACAACAUUGUUGCGUCAUUCUUUCGUAACAUUACGACCCUGUGUUGCGCUAAAAGUCGUCGUUGCGAAUCGUCUCGUGUAACAUCGCCUUUAGGUAUGGGGCUAAGCGCGCGCGUAGAGUUCCACUAUGAAAGAUGUCUAAGAAAACAUAAAAUGCAAAUUAAAACCCUAUCUGAGACAUCCUAAUAGGUCUUGCAGAGUUUGAUAAAAGCCUGCCUGUCCCUCCCUUGGUGCAGUAUUUCAAGGUAAGCAAGAGGGCCUAUUUCUUUGAAACUAUUUCACUAUCACUAUUGCCUCUUUCAGGCUUAUAAGAACGGGUUCCACGGUCAUCAUCGAGUCUGGUUUUUGAGGGGAUGGUAUACAGCAUCAUGGUGGAAUAAAACUGAAAAGGAUGUAAACUGCACUGCCGAACAAAUCAAACUUGCGGCCGGAAGUUACCUAGCAACAGAGACAAUUAUUUUCAGUGAUGUUCCAGAUAAACCAACAGUAGCUGGUUGGGUAAGAAUAUCUGUUUUCUGUUGACUCUUAAAAGGCCUGAAGUGGCGUCUGAAAUGGGGAAAUAUAUGAAGCCUCAGCUGAGGAUCAGAGAGACCUGGGAAAUGGGAGUGAUGGAUUGGGCUGGAGAAAUAUACAACCAGUUGUUCAUAUGUUAUUUUAUCACCGAUAAAAAUUAAGACUUUCCUAUCAUGUCAUUAUCGUAAGUAGUAUAGUAAGAAAAGAAUUUUUUUUUUGGUGGGAAUCUUAUAAAGAAGAAGUACAUUAACGCCCUGGACGUCAAAGCCAUUGUAUUUAUCUCCUGAAUAAAAAGCGAGGAAAUCUCAUUAAGAUAAGGUCAUGUGCCACUUUUAGUUGUUUUUAAACCGGUUUGACAGGUUUUCUGGUUAUUUUUAGGUCGAUGAAUGUCCUGGUUUUUGAUUGGUUGACUAAAAAAGAAUGUCGAACUUUCAAACCGGUUAAGCCAUCUAAAAAUAGGACAUAGCCUUGUAUCUAAAUGAGAUUCGCCCGCAUUUUAUUCAAGAGAUAAAGACAAAUGGCUAUGUCGUCAUCGGCGGUGAUGCAUUCUGCUGCAAAUUAGUAAGAGUCUUUCGUAAUAAACUUAUGGAUAAUUCGGUCCCUUCUCUACUACUAACGUAAAUUUCUUUUAUGCUGACAAAUCCUAUCAACUAAGAGAAAUACUAACAAUUCUUGAUAUCGAAUUCAUCUCAAACUAAAUAUUUUUCCAGACUGCGUCUCAACUUAGGCAGUUGUAUAAAGCCAGUUUGAAGAACAAGUCUCAAGAAGAAAACAGUUACGCUCCAUAUGGCUAUGAUAGCAUUUGGUUUUUAGCUCUCGCACUUAAUCAGACCAUGGCUCUACUCACUAAACACAACCUAUCGCUACACAACUUCACUUACAAAGGCCAACAAAGUCGAAUAAUUAAAGAAAGUUUGAACCAGUCGUUAUUGGAAACCAGGUUUAUUGGCAUGUCGGUGAGUGAAAGCAGAGCAUCUCAUGCCCAAUGCGCUCGCUCGGACCACCAUGGCUUAGAAAAUUAGUUUUAAAAUAGGCCAUUUACGUGUUCCAAAAAACUCUUACUUUCAAAACGAGGCUAUGUGCAAAAUUGUUUUGUUAUGAAAGUGAGUUUUAUUUGCAAGAGAAUAAAAAAAUCCUUUUCAUCUCAAUAGCUUCGCCCUCAACUUCGCUUUGAAACAGAAGCUUGGGCCAACUGGGAGAUGGCCUUAUUUGAUUAUUCCUUUACCUUAGGCAAGAUAACACCGUGCGCCCGCAACAUCAUGUAUGCCAUGGUGAGAUGUCAUACUUGCCCAAAGAUGUUUUAUGAGAAUUAAAGAACACCUUCGUUUUUAAAAGAUAUACCCCUCCCAUUUCAAAAUCAAUUUACAACUAUUAAAAUGGAACACUCGCUAAUUUGUGUUACAUAACGGUCACAGUUUUGGGGCGGGUUAUCCGCCCUCGGCCUCGGCAGAUAACACUCUCCUCGAUCUGCAUACUAAGGAAGUCUUUAGGUCAUAUUCAGCCUCAUCCAAUAAUUGCUAAAUGCUCGAAUCAGCUCACGAUUAACUAUAAGCAUAUUAAGCUGGGGAGCUGGGUUUUCUUUGUUCUCUAAAAGAGACCACACCCCCAACUCAAAAAUGGAGGUGUUUGUUUCUUUUUCUGUUUUUACAAAUAUUCUUUACGCACAAACCUAAUACCUUUAUGGGCAAAAAUACUGGAAGUCCGUCCUGAAAAUCCUAAGCCAGUACAGAAUCUGCAAGUUCUAAUCCUAAGGCAAACGAAGUUUUUUCCAUAUCGGAAUUCCAUCCCCUGGCUAUAAAUAUAGUUCUUUAUUUUUUAAAAAAAUAAGAGUGAAAGCCAAUACCUGAUCAUUCGUGUCUCCCAACAUGUUAAGGGUGAUGUUGGAUUUUCAGAAAAAGGAGAAAGGAAAAACAAGAUAUGGAUUGAGCAAAUGCAAGGUGAGGAUUAAAGAGAAUUUAACACUAACAACCUUACAUAUCUGUUGUUAAAUACUUGGCUGAUUGCCCCAAUUCACGGUGUCUUCUCCCCAGUUCCAUCGAUUUCAUGAAAAAGAAAGACGUUAAUGUGUUGUAAGUUUCCGUGCACUUCCCUAGGUCAAUCAUAACGUUAACAAGUGUAUUUAUAAUUGAGUUUAAUGAGCGCGGGAACAGCUGGAAACGUCUGCUGCACUUCAUUGCAAACUGCAACACCAACUGGGGGCAAACCUCACCCACACGAUUGCCGAGAACAAGUAGAAAGCAGUAGCCAAUUACUUAAGUAAUCGGCUCCUGGUAGAAAGGUGUGAAGGACAUGGAAUAUAGCAGUAAAUUAAAAGAAAUAAAAACACAAACGAGAACAUUUGUGCUGGAAAAAAAAAGGCCAGUUACAGACUCUUUGCAUGCCUCCUACAAGAAAACUAAGGUAUGUGCUCGCGAUAUCUCUCGUUAAAACGUAAAACCUAUAAAAUACGUGUGUGGGCUAACUGAGAACGUGGGAUUUAAAAACUCACAAUAUUUAUUUAUUAUAUCGUUCCUAUUUCAGGUACCAAGGAAGUCAGAAUAGGGACCUUUAGCACUGAAACCGGUAGUAUGGAAAUAAUUUCAAACAGAAGUUUCAAAUGGCCAGGUGCGUAAGGCCCAGUUUAAACGUGGACCUUUUCAGGUACCAAACCUAAUCCCUUGGAUUAAGUACUUGAAAAGAUAGACGUUUGAAUCAAUAAAGUUCGACGUAUCUAAUUUGGGUUGACCCAUGAAGUAAGAUCAAAUGGCCCACAUGGGAAUUUUGACUGUGGACCAACUUCGUUUCGCCGAACGUAAGACCAUUGAACAUCGUAAAAAUAAAUUGAGCGCGACUAAUUAAGUUCGACGUCUGAAUCAACCGUCGAACUUAUAUCAUUUGCGACGACCUAAAUAGGUAUUAAGUUCGGCCCAAGUAGAGUACAGUGACCUAUCACGCAUGUACACCAUCAGGAUCUAUUUAUGUCUCGUGAUCUCUCAGAGAAAACGGAUGAAGCAAGCAAGCAAUUUAGCUUGCCCUUGUCGUUGGUACCAGAAGUUUCUUUCUUGCGUGUUGCCUAAUGCUUUUAAUUUUGGGCGCCUUCACACGUUCGGUCCAUGCCGCGAGCGGAUAACUAUAAAAACUUGACCGAAAGCGCAAGGAAGAAAAAAGUCUCUGGCAACCACUUGGUAAAUACAAGUCGUCAAGUUGGGUUAGCGAAAACAACAAAAAAUGAAGAAAUUUGGGUCAAGGUGAUCUUUGCGGUGCGAUCUUUUUGAAAGCAGAAUAGCCUGUUACGGGUGUUCAGAUAGUGUUCGGUACUUUCCUCCUAAGUUAAUAGCACAUUAAUAUAGUAGCAAGGUAGGAAUGAAAUUACCGUUUUAAAAAGAGGAGGAGGAGGAGAAGGAAGAGGAGGAGGGAGAAAGAGGAGGAGGGGGAGGAGAAGGAAGAGGAGGAGGGAGAAAGAGGAGGUGGGGGAGGAGAAGGAAGAGGAGGAGGAGGAGAAAGAGGAGGAGGGGGGAGGGAGGGAGGAGGAGGAAAGAGGAGGAGGGGAAGGAAGAGGAGGAGGAAAGGAGGGGGGAGGAGAAGGAAGAGGAGGAGGAGGAGGAGGAGGAGAAGGAAGAGGAGGAGGGAGAAGGAAGAGGAGGAGGGGAGGAGAAGGAAGAGGAGGAGGAGGAGAAAGAGGGGGUUUGUUGAAAAUUGUGUUUCGUAGGGCAAGAAUCUGCAAUGAACUAGGAACCAGGAAAUUAGUUGCUCUCAACGAACAAUGAAAGCGGCAGCAAUAGAAAUUACAGUUCAGUGAUUUUAAUUCACAGUCGAGCUGGCGCUUAUUCCUUCGACAACAUGAAUCAAGCAAUGAAUACUCUUCUUAAUUUUUAGUCAACCCAUCAAAAACUUAGGCUUUUGUCGACCUAAAAGUAGCUAAAAUACCCGAGUCUAACAAGUUAAAUAUCUUAAAACAGGAAGAUUAAACAUCUUAUCUUAAUGAGAUAUUCCCACAUUUUAUUAAAUAUAUAAAGACAAAAAGCUACUACGUUGUCGGCGUUAAUGUAUUCAAUGUAUUACCCUUAAAAUUAAAGGUUAAUUUCAUUCCUACUAUACUACUUUGUAUGUUUUCUACAGACGGAAAAGGAGUGCCGUCUGAUCAUCGAAUAAUGAUUCAGAAGCGGGAAAAAGUCAGCCUGCUUUUGUUUAUUAUAUUGGUAUUGAUGUCCUCCUUGGGAAUUAUUAUGGCUAUUAGCUUUCUCAUCUUUAACAUACGAAACAGAACUUCAAGGUGAGUUUUUGUUUUCAAAUCUUUAACGGAUUACUGUCUUCAGUUGAAAGAAAAUAUUGUAGUUGGCUGGUUAACAAUUACCUCUGUCAGCAAAUUGGACUAUUUUUGUUUUCUUUAAAUUUGCUCCAUUAUACCAUGACAUGUACCGUAAAUGAUCCAAUAGAGGAACCGCAAGCGGAGGUGUUUAUUACAUAGAAGGUGUUUAAAAGAGAGAGGCGUUAAUUUUCAUAACUGUAAUAAACUCCAAAAAACUUAUACGGUUUCGACAAAUAUAUCACCACAGAAUAUAAAUAGGGUAAAUGUGUUUGCUAUUUACUUGUUUGAUAAUAAUGUGAACUGCGGAAAUACAAUUUUUUAAAUGUAGAUACGAUCGCCGCAGUGGUGAUUAAAAUUUAAGCAACUGCAAAUAAACCCGAAAAAAACUUCCGGACUUCAACGGGAUUCGAACCCAUCGCCUCUGCGUUAGCGCUGCAGUGCUCUUCCAACUGAACUAUGAAGACCCAGCUACGCUUUAAAGUUUGUAUCAGUCGCCCCUCUCCAAUAAACAAUCCCAGUCUGAUAGACUAAGGGAAAUAGACUAAGGGAAAUAGCCAAAUAUAGUAAAAUCAUUCAACUUAUUUAGUUUCUUGUUUGAUUAACAAACGUUUGCGCAUCGCAUUUUGCUCAAGUUCAAAGUAAGUUCUAUGACAUCAAAGCUGACUUUUACAAAAAGAUUCUGAUCUCUUAACAGCCGAGACGUAUCAAUGGAUUGGAUAGUCCGCUAUUUAUAUCUAGAAACGUUAAGAGUGCAUAAUCGGUUGUCUGACAACUAUAAAAACUCAAUCAAUUAACAGCCAGCACGCACAAUUUUGAGCUACAAAACUAGUCAAAAGUGCACAUUAUGCUAGCAGUGGUUUUUUCAGAAAAUAGAUGAAAACUAUACUCGUAAUGACCAAUUAUGCCAAAAAUUAUGCCAGCACAAUCCGCAAUCAAAGCCUAGUUUUGACUGCUGUAAAUGAACCACAACGUGGAUGGGCACUAUCCGAUUACAGGCUGGUUGCAGGGGUCCCACUCUGUGUGACAUUUCAGAUUUGUUUCCCUAUGUGCGGACGCGGUGGUACGGUCACGUGACUACCAAAAUGUUUGAAUGUAUAGCUAACCAAAUUUUCUUAGCCAAAAGGCUCCGCUUGCGCACGCGUACAGCUCCGCUAUUAAGGCAAGAUGCUUUUAUUUGAGAGAGGACGCCUAUUGGAUCAUUUACGGUAUUUGCUUGAACACUUUUUUCUCUGCAUAUUUUAUACCUGUUAACAAAUAUACUCAAGUGUAUAAAGUACAAACAUUAACCACAAAGGACUGCAAAGGACCGCAGACGAAUAUGCCGAAGAACGUAGGAUCUAUAAAGACCUGAUCAGCAAAAAUAAUAAUGUAGACAUAUUAAAUUAAUUUAUAUUAAUUUCCCGCCCGACCCUUUUUUUUAAGGGAAAAGCCGUGGGGACGAGGUUGUGCAAUGCUGAUCGUACUACGUGAAAAUUAACUCUGCAAGACGUCAACACGACACCGAAAGAACUCAAAACAGACCGGGAUUGUAGCCAUAGACAGCUGUUUUGCCUUUUUUGGGGCUCGUCAGAACUUUUUCUGGUUGUUGCGCCGUACUGACGAGCCCCAAAAAGGGCGAAACAGCUAUCUAUGGCUACAAUCCCGCUCUGUUUUGAGUUCUUUCGGUGUCGUGUUGAUGUCUUGCGGAGUUAAUUUUCACAUAGUACGAUCAGCAUUGCAGUAUUCAAGUGUAUACUUCAUCAGCUUUUAACAUCUGCUAGGUACACAUGUUCAGUCGAAGCAUAAGUCAAAAAACAAGGUAUUUAGAGACUUGUCAGAAAUUAGCAGGGGGGAGCGGGGUGGGAAUUUUAAAUUUGGGUUCGGAAAUCAGGUGACCCAUUCCUGCAAAAUACCAUAACAUAUCAUAAUGCUCUUUGUUUGUCACCCCAAAAGUUUGCAUAAGCAUUGUUUUCAGUUUCUUUUGGGGCCAUUUUUACUUCCAAGAGAAAUAGAAGACAAUGCUUAUGCAAAAUUUUAGGGUGACAAACAAAGAGCAUUAUGGUAUGUUAUGGUAUUUUCUGGCGUGGUCAAUGGGAGUGAAAUUUGCUAACCCUCCCCUUGGCCUUGGCCUAAAAUAUCAUGACCCUCCCCCUCUUGUAUAAAUGAUAAAAUUUAGUUCUUGCAAUAACCUAGGGUGAGUCAGUAUUAUGAAAGCUCAAAAUAUAUUUCUAAUCUGUGCUUUAUAAUGCCAUAUACAUACAUUUUAGAUGACAGCAUUAAGAGUCCGACUCUGAUUCUGACAGCUGAUCACUCGACUCUCCUAUUUCUCCCAGGUUUUUUUUUUACAAAAUAAAGAACUUCUUUUUUCUUCUGUGGGUGAACCUCUACAUGAUCACACACACAUAUUUGCAUGACCCUCCCCCUUUAAACGGCCCAUUUUUCAUGACCCCUCCCGUUUCUGCAGUCUCAAAAAGUUGUUUCCACCCCCCUCCCCCCUGCUAAUUCCUGACAAGUCCCUUAUUGGAUAAUUCGGUCACUUUUAGUCUCAUCAAAAUGUCUUCUCCGAAUAUAAACAACAUUAUGGCAGUGGGCUGUAUAAUGUGCUACGCAUGCGUGUUCCUAUUGGGAGCAGACAGUUUGCUGGAUCAGGAUUCUCAGAUAACAACGCACUCAACACUAUGUAAGGUGAGGAAUUUUUCUGUCAUUGUUCUCCAGUUCUCUUUAAACUGCUGGUUCGCAUGCUACUCCCCCUGCCUGUUGACGACCUUUUUUAUUUUUUUUUUGAGGGGUCGUAAGCAAUUGUCGAAUGGGUCAAGUUGAGUUCGUAUGAUGUUUUUUGUAACUGCUUCAUAACGGGUUGUCAAAGCCGUGUAAGACUGUGCAACACAACUGAAUGAUCAUAAUCGCGUCCUGUUUUUACCAAAAAUAGAAGAGACGCAAUUUACUUUGCUUGCACUUCUUGCUUGGCACCCGUCUUCGCUCACCAAUUAUUUUCAUUGUCUAUUUGUUGUUUCGCGUUUCUCUCUGGUUCAGUCAUGUGUAUUUGCGCCUGGUACUGUCAGUAUGUCACCGACGUUUGAACUGGUGAAGAUGUGUUUUGCCGCGCUCGGCUUUUGUUAAAAGCCUGGCUAAGGUCGGCGCUGGCUGCAUGUUGUCUUGUUUUUAUCCCUUCAUUUUUGUUUUCUACGCUUGGCAUUACUCGGUAAGUUUUUGUAUUCAGCGCUAUCAUAUGAUCUUUCUAGUGAUAGGUUCUUCGUAUUUGAGAGGUAGGAAGGUCCAAGCACCAUGUAAACUGCUUUCGUUAGGAAGAUCCUGGUACUAGGAACAAAACAUACAUAAAUGGCGGCAGUUUGUUCAAUUGGGAGUCUUUGAUUUUUAAUCUCUUCUGUACUGUUAACUACACAGACCGAAAUUUCUACAUGUAAAUCUAACGAAAAGUUGUUCCACCUUCUAGGAUCUCUCUGGCAUACGUGGAUCUUUCUCCCUCUAUCUAAGCUUUCCCGCGUUUGAUCAUGGGUAUUAGAGUAUCUGGCGCUUUACGUAAACUUGCUACAAGUCGACCUCACAAGUUUCUUAGCGAGCGGGGCGAGCGUUUUAGGCCGCCAAGCGGCCAAGCGAGCGACGAAGUCGCGAGAGGUCUACACUUUACGCCUCAUUUUAAUUUCCAGAAUUUAACUGUUACUUUUCCGAUUGUUGGCACCGGUCAUUUGUCGUGGUUUCUUUUCUUCAUAAGGUGUAGUGGAGUAGAACCACUGACAGUAGUUUCAUUAAAGUUUGAUUUAUUGCAUAAUCUCUUUAUCCUAGGGUCUAUGCUAACAGCAAUUUGUUAAAUUCGAAAAGAAAAAAUCAUUAGAAACUGUCAUAAUUUAUAGAAAUGAGAUCGUACUUCUGUUUAUCAUCUAUCUCUUUCAAUUUCUCAGGCUCGUCUUUGGGUAAUGUCAAUUGGAUUUACCAUGGCUUAUGGUGCUAUGUUUGUAAAAACGUGGAGAGUUUACAGGAUAUUUACGAACACGGAUAUGAAAAAAGAGGUAAUUAUAUCAUGAUAUCGAUAAUUAGUCUGUUAAGUUGAAACAAUCACCGGGUGAUCGUGUGUAUUGGUGAAAUAAAAUUAAAGAAAAUGCUGAUGAAAAUUUCUCGGCUUGUUCAUAUUUCUCUAAUUCCGACGUCAUUUUACGACUUAAAAGAAAACUAGUGGGUUUAGAACAAAACAAAACAAAAACUAGGAAAUAGACAGAAGAUAGAUCGGGAUUGCAUGUAGUUAAAACUACAGUGAAUUUCCGACUAUUUUUUUUUUUUUUGGAAAAAUGGCGUUGAUCCUUUCCUUCGUCCAAGGAACAACCGCGGCGGAUUCAAAAAGCAAAAGAGAAAAAGGGCAAAAGGGACUCCAAGGCUCGUUCACCAAGAGACUAUUUACAUUGCGGAUGUUUUGGCGUCCUAUAUGUUUAUUGGCUUUUGUGAAAACGUUUCCAUAAAAGCCGUUAUCACAAAAAACAAUUAGGCACAUCGCUAUCACUUCUUUCUUUCCCUGGUUUAAGAGAUGCCACCAUAUUUAUUUUUUGUUUUACGUUCUCAGCUGGGAAGGCUUCAUGACCGUCAUCUCAUAGGGAUACUGGCCGCUCUUGUUAUCUGGGAUCUGUUAUACCUGUCUGUUUGGCAAUCAAUCUCACCUCUUACUACUGAGAGCAAGAUGGUUGGAGUAAGUAUCUUGACCAAAACGUCCAUUAAAGGACGUGUCAAGAAAUUUAUCAGAAUUCACACGGCGGUAACUGCCACCAAAUUGAGUGAAACAUAAAAUAAAUGCUCAUGAUGUUGAAAGAAGGUAUAAAUGACACUGCAAAUACCAAAGGAAGCACGGAUGGAUAAACUUGAAGAAGAUUGAAACGGAUUGCAAUUGUUGUUUUUGAAAACAUGUUAGCCUAACAGCUUUUCAAAGUUCAUUUUUGUUGUAUGUAACGUUUGAUUUAGUACUUGGGAGACAUAUUUGUUUGAAAUAAAGCUGCUAUUUUGUCAUUUAUUAUUUACAAGUAAUUUAUCAAGUUUUAUAGCGAAUGAACACACGUAAUUGGCUUUAUAAACAAGGCGAAAUUAAGUAACCAACCGUGACACAGCUACUUUAAUCUUGAGUACCUCAUUAUUUCUCAAUUCGCAGCCACUUGGUGGAAUUGGAGUAGGUAAGGGAUUUGGCUGCCUCCAAUUCCCUUCAAAAUAAGUCAUCACACAUUGUAAAUUUAUAUAUUUUCCAUCAUGUCUACUAAUUGAAUACUAUUGGGCGUUUUGAAACUGAAAAUUUUUGCAAUGAAUGAUCGCAUACUGACACCUGCAUGGGCAGAUCCAGAAAAUUCAGAAAGAGGAGGCCGGGACACUUGUCCGCUAGGUAAAUACCGAUUAAUUUUAAUGAGAAUUAUUUUCAAAUAAUACAAAAUUUGACCACCUCUAAAAGCGCCCUUGCAUCAUGUUGUGGCUCAUAGAGAAAAGCUUGCAAACAAACUUGCCUGUUUAUCAUGCGAAAACGUGCACUUUCGCAAUUGGCUGAAAUAAAGUUUGCCAGAAAACAUACUGGUGAGGAACAGUAAAUUUAUACGCCCUCCGUAUAAAACGUCCCUGGAUCCGCCCUUGCCAUUGCCUCGUACUGUAACCUCUAAACAAGUUUUUCUCAUAUAAUAUUAAUUCCUGUUGAAUAAUUUUUAAGGUGUUGAUGCCGAAAGAUGAAAUCAAUGUGAGACACUUUGUAUGGGUUUGUAACUGUGAGCACAUUGGAACGUGGACGGCCUGCCUAUACGCCUACAAAGGCCUACUCUUGGCAAUUGGUGUCUUCCUUGCUUGGGAAACAAGAAACGUGAACUAUCCAGCCUUGAACGACUCAAGACAGAUCGGAAUCAGCGUGUAUAAUGUAGUUCUCUGUUCCUCAAUCGCUAUAUUGUUAGAUUUUGCGUUAAAGCAACGGACAAGUGUGAACACUUCAUUUGUGUUGUCAGGCACCCUGGUAAACAUAUGCAUUUCGUUCUCACUUGGACUUCUGUUUUUGACCAAGGUAAGGUUUGUUUGAGGUGAAAUCAACAGUCAAUUCACUUUUUAAAAGAGUACCGGUGCAUUGGUUUUUUUUUAGUUACCGCUGCCACGGCUUAUACCUUAGGACUCUCCUGGCCACCAUUUUCUGCAUAGCUGGUGGAAGUUUGCCCUCCAAUGCUUAAUUUUAGGUCGUGACUGCGACCGGUGAAGCUACGAGGAGAACGGAUCCAGGUAGAGAAAACUGCCCAUGAGGAUAGCGCUGGCGAUCAUGAAUUUGCUUGGAAGCACUCCUGUAGCUGCCUCCUCCUCAGGCACCCCGUGUUUCGCAUAGAAUCGAGCGCCAAACACGAGUGACUGGUGACGAAGCGCAAUUGACCCCGGGAAAGAGAAAGAAGAAAGGCGAGACCCGUUUUCCCCUUCCCGUUUCUCUUUGUGCGCAACUUUUCAUCAAGAAAGAGACGUCUUGGUUCCAAGCAGCUCCCGUAGCAUUCCCGUGCGGCAAAAUACCACCAGCUUCGGAAAGGCUAAGGUUUUUCCACAGUUAGGCCUCUCCUGCACUUUGCGUUCUGAUGAAUGCGCACAACACGAAUUCUACAAACAAUGCACUACAGGACUAAAAUUGAUGGACUUGUUAUCAUCCCGGUUCAAAAAUGGCGCUGUUAAAAACCACUUUUUUUUCUUUUCUAGAUUCAUGCCUUAAGAUUUAAACCAACAGUCCACGUGCAAGACGAUCAACCUCCCACAAUUCCAACACAAAGUACAUCUCGACCACACCCAAACUGUCCUGCUUGCAAGUGCGAAUAACGCAUGGUCACUGAGUUAACGAUUGGGUUUGGUGAUGUUAGUCACGCAGGGAUAUUUUAUUCUGUCGUUCGAGCUAGGAUUUGAGAGAAUAGAGAGAUUUAGAUUUGAGAACGAGAACGAGUACGAGAUUUAACUUAAAGUUUUGUACGUGUUCCAAAAAAAACGACACCCUGGAAAGCUUCCAUUUACUUUUUUUCACGAAAAAAGUUAGUAGGUUUAUUUAUUCUGAAGGAGGUUAAACCCUCUCCCGAUAGCAAAAUGAUAAAACUUCUUACAUUUGAUAACUUGUUCCCGCCUCUGCGACGUUCUCGCUAAAACUUGCACUAAAAUGACGGCGGCUAUUACGUUUUCCCGCCAAAAUGACGCUGCUUCACGUGCGAGCAUAACUUAGUAUUGCAAAAAUCUCGUACUUGUAGUCGUCCUCGUCUUAGAAUCUAAAGCUCUCUAAUAUUUGACUUUUUUAAAAUCCUUAUUUGAGGAUACAUUGUGAAGUAGAUUGGUGUACUUCUAAGGCAGGAGCUGGGACGCUUGAGAGGAUUUAUAUUUAAAAUUUCUUUUGGCGUGUGAAAUGUUUCGCCCUUUUGAAGAAAUUAGGAAAAGAGGAGACUGUCCCCAGUCGCACUGUCAAGGGAAACUUGUAAUUGUCAAAUUUCCAUGAGGCUUUAGAAGACCCGCGACCAAGAGCCAUAAUCGGGGUGGGGGACCUUAACUGGAUGCCUUUCCCAGUAAUGGCGUUGGUUCCAUCGAAAUAGUCAAAUCAAAUGUGCUAUUUUCAACAUUAAUUCCGCCAUCUCGUGUGACACGCGUGGGCAAUUUUGAGAGGGCAUUGCGCAAAUGAUAAACAAACAAAAUGGCUUCGGAAAUUAUCUCCGUAGGAGAUGAAAACCUCUUUGACAAUAACUCUAAAUAUUUAGGACUGUGAAUGUGAUUCUGGUGAUUUUAAUCACCGUAAUGAGGCUGUUUUUGACAAAUCCAGAGACGAAGAGAUUUCGGAGAUGUUGUGCUAUGAAUAUCCAGUUCGGACGAAACAAAAAAAAAGUUGCGGGGAAAAGGAGGGUGGAAAAUUAACAACGAGAACAAAUGAUUGUGGCUAAUUUUCCUCAAAUAUAUCUUUGAAUUCAUGAUAAAUACAGCUCCACCAGCCUCAAACAGCGUCCACCAGCAGAAGCUCACGGAAAAAGACUUUAAAUACAAUAAUUUUCUCAUAUUAACAUUAUCCUGGGCAGCGUAGCGGAGUGGUCUAGGAGCAGACCUUCCGAUGGUCCGGAUUCGACACUCGACUCAGCUACAGUGAAAGCUCUAUUAAGCGAACACCUUCGGGACCUUUCUAAGUGUCCGCUUAAUAGAGGGUGUCCGCUUAAUAAAGGUUGUAGAACUGAAUUGCUCAAUGUUUGUUAACGAUCAACAUUCAACGGUUACUCUGCACUGUGAUAAAGUUACAUGGUGGACCCUUCCCUUACGGUCUCCUACCCCAAUUAAUUCUUAUGCUAGCGACUCAAAACUUGUGACAACAGUGACAACAUCAUGGCUUUGUCAUCGACUUGUAGCACUUCAACGAGCUGUCUCUUUCAGAUUGAGGUUUUCGUUUUCUCGCCAGGCUCCGUCUGGGUAUCUCACUUGUAUACGACUUUCCAAAGUUAAAAAAAGAUUGCUGAAACUCAUUAAUUAUUCAAUACUAUUAAUUAAUUAAUUAAUAUUAAUUGAUCAGUCAAAAGCUAAUAAAUGAUGACCAUCAUCUGAGAUCAAAUAGUUGCAUUUGCAUUUUGAUUGUUUCUUUUGAGAAAUCGGUACAUAUUUUACUCAUAGAAAGAAAUCCUUUUUAAACAUUUUAAAAAAUUGUGAAUAUAUUACCCGAAUAGACUUUUCUUAAAACCUUUUAAUUACUUAAGGAUAGAUAAGAAUUGUGAUUUACUUGAUUUAUAAUAAAGAAUUCACUUUUGUUUAUUUCUAGUCUGUAUCACAUUUGACAAUUAUUACUCACAAUAAUUUAAGCAAAGCGCUAACGGCGAACUCCGAAUGUCAACUAGACGUUUGCGUUUGCCGUUCCGUCCGCUGUUUGCUUGUUUAAGAUUCCGGUCAACACAACAGAACUGGAAAAAUGUUAAAAGUACUCGACAAAUUGUCUAAAAUAAUGAAAAGUAAGCUAACAUUAACUGACUGUUAACCAAAAUCUUCCAUCAGGUUUCUUCAUUUUUGUUUUAAACAAAGCAAAAGACCUAUGAUACCUGGCAAGUGUUCUCGGUCGCGGUUCACUGUAACUGGUCAAAAUAUGUAGAGAAGUUGUCAUCUUUUUACAAACAGUACAUGUAGAAAAAGAGUAAUAAACGAUAGCUAUAAAAACAAGCGAUCAAAAUGAAGAAAUAGCUGGUACAAACGGUUUGGAAAUACUCAAGUUUCCGCGUUUCCUUCAAUCGGGAAAAAUGCCUUCCUCGCGUUGAAACGGCAAACGCAAGAAAAGUCAGGUCACGUGACCCUUGCUUUAUCGCUCCCUAAUUACAAAUUAGAUUUUAUAAAAUAACUAAGAUAGUACGCGCGCUCUGAUUGGCCGAGAGGAGUGUUUGCAUGAGAGUAUGUAAUCAUGGUUGUGGCGUCAAGAUGUCUUGUUUUUCGCGCACUAAUCACGGAAGCACGAAUUUGAAAAAGUUUUCGAGUUCAAAACUCCACAAGUUUACUUUAUUUACCUAUUCCUUCGUCGGCUGAAACUUGGAAAAUCGUUAUAAAGAAGGUGUGUCAAUUUUUCUUUGCUUAAGCUGACAUUUUAAGCGAAAAAAAUUCCCAUUUUGGAAGCAUCGUUAAGCAAAACAAGUCAGAACUGAUUACGCGUGCAAGACUUCGUGGACAAGACUGUGCGACUGGUAAGAAUAGGGCCAUUUAUAGGAAAAAUAAGACGCGAACUUUCCGUAUAAACGGCACAUUUCUUCUAAAAUAAGACGCGACUUAGCUAAGACGCGUCUUACUUUAGAACAGCCCUUAACACCUGUUCUUACAUAAGACGCGUCUUAGCUAAGACGAAAAAAACUUUGUAUAAAUGACCUUCGGGUCUUACAUCAUUCUCGUCCCCAGAGCCACUCGGCUUAAUUUGUAACCGUGACAAAGAAACGACGGGCUCUGGGGACGAGAAUGGUCUUGCAUAAGACGCGAACGCAUAGUACGCAUGCGUUAAUUUUUGGCGAGAAAAUUAUCGCUUGCCUUGCGGUGAACUGGCAGGCCAUUGGCGGAGAAAAAUUGCUUACAAAUUACAACGCGUUUACGUGUCCUUGUCUAAUUCUGCUUUAGUUUUUUCUUCGCUCAAAUACAAUGAGCACGCCGUUAAAGGUAAAAAGAAACACUUGGUCCAUCGGGGAGGAAAAAGAUUUUUUGUUACUAUGUAAGGACAAGGCGAUAACAGACCUCCUGAACAAAUGCGUGACAUCUGCUGGUGUAAGUAGACCCUUUUAACUUUAGACUAUCACAAUUUAUAUUUACUGAUCUUCGUAUCAUAAACUUGCUCGUUAAAAAUAAGUUUACGCGUACAGAAGACUUAGGUAAGAUAUGUUCGUAUAAAUGGUCCAGUUCGCGCCUUAUUUAAGACGCUUCUCAUGUAAGGCGCGUCUUGUGUAAGACGUGUCUUAUUUUUCCUCGUAUAAAUGGCCCUAAUGUCUCUUUUAAGCAGUACCAUACAAAGAGUUUUAUGUUUUUUCUCGGGAAAGUUAUUUUACAAAAGCAAUAGAAAACUUUCUUCCUGUGUUUGCAUAGCCUGAUAUAAACCCUCGAGGCGUUGGGAGAAUUCUCGACAGUUAUGCAGACCCUCGAUUUGCAUAACUGUCUCGAAUUCUCCCAGCCUCUCUUCUGUUUAUAUCAGGCUAUGCAAACACAGAAAACGUUUUCUAUUGCCUAAAUAACAUAGCUAGAAUAUUCGCCUAAUGAAAUUCAAUAGCGCGAGCGUGCUCGAUUUAAGCGAUAGAAAACGUUUUCCGUGUUUGCACAGCCUGAUAUAAACACGAGAGAGGUUGGGAGAAUUCGAGACGGUUAUGCAAACCCGAGACGAAGUCGAGGGUUUGCAUAACUGUCGAGAAUUCUCCCAACCCGUCGAGUGUUUAUAUCAGGCUAUGCAAACACAGGAAAAAAGUUUUCUAUUGGUUUUAUAACAUAACUUUACCGAGAAAAAACUCAAAAACUCUUUGUUAUGGUACUGAUUAAAACAAAAAUUCUUACCAGUCCCAAAGUCUUGUACGCGAAGUCUUGCUCGCGUAAUCAGUUCUCGUUUUGCAAAAAGAUGCUUUCCAAAAUACGUAUUUUUCUCGUUUAAAAUGUCAGCUUUAGCGAAAAAAAAUUGACACUGCUUGUUUAUAAAGAUUUUCCAAGUUUCAGCCGACGAAGGAAUGGGUAAAUAAAGUAACCUUGUCGAGUUUUGAAGUCAAAAACUUUGUCAAAUUUGUGCUUACGUGAUUAGCGCGCGAAAAGCAAAACAUCUUGACGUCACAACCAUGUUUACAUAUUCUCAUGCAAACACGCCUCUCGGCCAAUCAGAGCGCGCGUACUAUCUUAGCUAUUUUAUAAAUUCCCAUUGAGCACAGUGAUGACGUCAAUAAACUUACCUCGAGUUCUUGUGAGCUUAAUAGCAAUCCUCCCAAGACGUCUCCCAAGUGCGUCCAUAACUCAACAGGGCAUGAUGAAGCGUUAACCAUGUGUUUUAUAACGUACAUUUAAGAAAAAACUUUUGAAUUUGUUAACCGAUAUUGGGGGAAAGAGGUGAGUGUUGUUGUUGUUGUCAUCUGCGCGAGCUGUGCGGGCUAUAUAUGGCGUGUGCAAAUCAUUCUUUGCAAAGUUGUUUCCUUGAAAACGAAUUUUUCGGUAAAUUAAUAGUUUUCCGGCACCUCAGUCUGGAUUUUGCAAUCAUUUUUAAUGUUAUCUUAAGCAACUUGAGUAAACUUUCUCUUAGUUUCUAGACAAAAGCAUAACUACGAGGUAAAAAAGUAUAGUCACGUUGGCAUUGACGCGUAUUGCUUUGAGCGCGCGCUACAAUAAACAUUUCAAGUUACUGCUGCAAUGAUCGUUUUGUUAAUUAAUGUUAUAAAACAAUUAUUUCAUGAUGUAGCAGUGCGUAUGUCAAGAUAUUGAGUGAGCACUUGGCAAGUUUGGAGAGCAGUUAAGAGGCUGCGCCUUGAGCAACUCUUACGCCUCUUUCGUGCUUUCCAGACUUCCCGCAUGCUUAAUAUCUCGACAUACGCACGCCGACGUAUGAACUAAUUGUUAAAUAAAAUACUUUGUCAAAUUAUAUUGUGUACAAGUCGUCUUAUUUACAAUUGGGGAAAGAAGGAUAUUAAAAAAAGAGAACAGAAAAAAAGUGUCGAAAAGAGUAAUGGCAGGCAGUUUAACUUUUGGUGUUUAAGAAAAACACUGGCCAUGUUUUACCUUUUAAAUUCCAGAGGAAAAAACCUAAUAGUGCAAAAGAGGCCUUCGUCGACUAGUAAAAAAAAAGCGUGUCGUUUGGGGAUUGGUGUUACAUUAAUUGUUUUGUGUCAAGAUGCUUUUUGCUUGAUUGGCAGCUCGGGAAGACGGAGUCCACCAGAAAAUUUAUAAUUUCAAUUUUCAGUGGACAAAAACCUUGUACCAGAAUAAUUUAAACAAUAUUGGAUUCUUUUUUACAUUUUUCAAACGCUAAAGAUGUAAUUAGUCGUCUGUAAUAACAUCAAAGAAAGUUUCUCAUGGGAGCCCCAGAAAAUUAAUGUCAAAUUUCACAAAAUGAUAUGUUACACAUGAAAUCUUCAGAAUUUUACCUGUAGGUCUAGAUCGCAACAACAAUAUAGAUAUAUAGCCGCAUAAAUUUUACCUGUGUUUUCACAAUUCCUGUGAAAUUUGACAUUCAUUUUCUCGGACUCCCAUGAGACAUUUUCUUUGGUGUUAUUUCAGAUGACUAAUUACAUCUUUAGCCCUUUAAAAAUGCAAAAAAGGGUGCAAUAUUGUUUAAAUUAUUCUGCUACAAAAGUUUUGUCUACUGAAAAUUAAAAUUACUCAAUUUCCUGAUGGAUUCUGUCUAAAUGUCUUUCUUUGCUCGGUGACAAAAUUCUCGCCACACAGUAGUUUUUGCCGGCUGUUGGCGGCCCCACACUUAAAACUAGUUUUGCCAUCGUUUUAAGGGACCAGCCUGUGUUGCAGCUGUGUAAUUAUAGGAUAGAAGAAGAACUGUAUCUUAUGAAAACCGUGUCUGUAAAAGCUACCAGGUUAAAAGGGAAAUUUAUGUUAAUUCUAUCUACUCCAAACCAAACAGGUGGCGAGAAAUGAGGACGGUUUGUCGACGUAAUUCAACAUACAAGCACAAAUGAGUGAAUAACUAAAAAAGUAGCGGCUUUCACUGAGGCUUAGCUAAUGGAAUUGCAGGUAUUGUUUUUCAAGGUCUCUAUGAUUAUUUCCAUGACUACUGCAGUCUCCUCGCAGAAGACUGUGUUGCACAUAGGAGGCUUUAUUGAAGUAAAUACCUCGGACAAAGGAUGGAAUAGCGCUGGUGUACAGCCUGCUAUUGACCUAGCAAUAAAGCACAUCAACAACAGGACAGAUAUUUUACCAAAUCAUACUAUUCAGAUACAUUGGAAGGAUACAAAGGUAAGCCUAUUUCGGCUAAAUAUCUUAAAAAAAAAACAAGGUGAAAAAAAAAAACAAUUGAAAACAAAGUAUCAAACAGGAAGAUAUGAAAUCGAGUAAUUUGUUUCACCUUAUUGAGUUAUAAGUUGUGCCAAGUACCAUAGCUUGCAUACUUUCCUCUAACGAUUUGGAAUUUUUCAACUUAAAUAUCAUAACAGGGCCGUUGCCGUAACCGUAAUAGGGAGCUUAAGCAACAACGACGGGGACAGCCAACGAAAACGUCACUUAAAAAGUAAAUUUCGCGCUGCCUCAAACUUUAAAGGGCUUAUUCCAUCUCGUUUAGUUCGUCAAAUGUUGGCGAAUUUUUUUGGAGUUAAAUUCUAAAGGACUGUAUCAAAGUUCAAGAAAAGAAAAAGAAAGUUGCUGUCUUGUGUUCCCGUCCUCGACAAAACGUUAAAUUAGGCACUUUCAUGGUGUAGUUGUGCAACGACGGCAAAAAAAUGUACAAAAAAAAACGUGUUGCACGUCACUGCAAAGUUGUUGUUUUGCUAAUAUCCUUUUGCUUCGUUGCCGUUCUUGUUGCCGUCGCCAUCGUCGUUGCUCAAGCUCCCCAACUGUAAGGCAAACUCUAGAAAUUAAAAGCUUUUACCCCUCGGUUGCGUCUCUACUGGUUGAAGACAUGUCAUGGCUCGUGCCGCUAUAUCCAGGAACACAAUCUUUGGCUGACGCGCUCGGCAAGUCUGUUUCGAGUUAAUUCACGGGAUUAUAAGUCAGUGUCUUGUUUCAAUACGUAGUUCACUUACCCUUUCUUUAAAAUUACAAACCUUUAUUAACUCAGAAAUUUUGGCCAGGGUAAUGAAAGAGAGCUUCUUUCUAACUUGACGACUGCAAGGAUUAUUCAAUGAACACCUCACUUUUUGUCUUUCGUUUUUUUUUCUCGUUUUAAUUUUUGGGAGUGAGAUAAAUUACUGCUCCAAGAGCUCUCAUGUUUUGCACAAGACGAAAUUUCAAUCAUGAUGAUGCAUAUUUAUGAAAAGGAAUGUACAGAUCGUUUUUCUUGGAUCACGAACCAAACUGAACGAAGUUUUAUUUUCAUAAUUUGAGUAUUAAAAAUGGAUAGGAUAGGAUCUGGAUGGGAACGGAAAUAAAUGAAAGCGGCUAAUACCAGGUGUGAACAGUCGAUUUUUAUUUGAAUACCUAAUGAUCUACCAUUUUGCAUGUAAGUAAUUUUGGAGAAAUUGAUGGCGCAAGUUUAUUAAAAAUAUCGGACAAGAAUCAGACAUGUAAAACCUUAAUUAUGGCCACGACUUUCUCUAUUUUUACGUGGGAUUAGUGGAUAGGUUCCAGUAAUCCAUGAAAGUAGACUUGAGUAAACGAGUACCGUACUUCGAGGCAGUGACUUUGCCACACAUGUUAUUAGAUCUGUAAUAAAAUAGCCAAAAAGCUGCUCGCAAAAAAAAUUGCUAGUAAGAAGCUGGAUAACUUGAGGCAAAAGAGGAAAUUAAACCGGCUUAAAAUAGCUAAUGAUUGAUAAGGUCGGUUAUUAUAGUUUGCAAAGUAUCUCUACUUCAUUUGUACUGUCGAACUUUGAAGUGAUAAUUACGCUUUGUAGUAGCACUGUCGUAAUUUGUAAUAAACCGCAUCCCACUUUGUAUGAUGGCGCUUACCAUAUUUUAUUCGGAAGAUGCGAGCAAUAUGCCAUCGAUUCGAUGGUAUAUUUGGAAAGGAGGUUGAUCAAUCAGUGAUCAAUGGCAUAUUGGAAACUACAAUUGUAGGCUGCUUGGGCCACACUGAACUAAAACUGAAAUGGUGUACACUGCUACUCGAUGACGAAAUAACUGAAUUUCUGUCUUUAACUGAUUGGAAAAAACGAAAGAAUAAGUAAAACAUGUAGCUCGAUGGAUGUUAACCUACUUUGUACUCGGUGCCGGUGCCCGAGUACAAGGUCGAGUCCUUGUACUUGGGCACAAAAGUGGGCAUCAGGUCCCUGUGCGCACACCGUUUUUGUUACUUAAUUCUCAGGACGUCCUCUGCUUUGUACUCGCUGCUAAGAUCAUGUAUUAAAAUGGCGUCUGACAAGGCGAAAUGUAGUAUUUAUGUACAAAGUCACAUAUAUGGUAGUCAAGGUGUGAACGCAACACCAUUUGAGCCGUUAGCCAGGCACUGAUUUCCGGGAACCAAGAGGAACAGCCCCAAUUUUAGUCACCUGGUUUGAAACCCGGCAAAUCUCAGGCUCUCCUCUGGUCCAAAUAUCAGUUCUAGGUGAUUCCAUUGAAAUGCCUUCAUACGUAUCCUUGCUAACUGUUUAUUAAAUCAUCCACCCAAAUUGGGACAGUUUUUUUUAUUACAAAAUGAUACAUGUUUUACUAAACUUUGUCGACCUGGUGUUUCAAAGUGCGAUAGAUGUGCGAUGGAUUUGGUAUUACAAAGUGCGAUGAUUAUUAGAAAUUGCGACAUUACAGCUUUUGGAACCAAUUUUUCACACAGUUGUUUUGCCGAAGUCGUCUCUAGCUUUGUCCAGGGGCAUUAUUUUGGUAGCGACACCUUCCAUUUUUGAAUCUCUCAUACUUGGACAGAUUUAUCUUUAUUGUAAAACCAUUUUAACACAUGUAUUACACAUAGAUGAAAAUUUGUUAUAACUUUAUUUUUUGGGUAAUCCGACUAAAUAUCACGUGACAAUUACGUCACAAUAGUUUUGGUUCUAAAUCGAAUUUCAGCUCUUAUCGUCAUUUUCUUUGAAAAUGCAUUACGGUACGUGUACUUUGGGUGCUUGUCUUCUGCUGUACGAAGAAAAGAAAUUUCGAGAUAUCUUGGCAUUUCUUUAAAAAGGGUAAGAAAUGUGCAUGAACUGAAGACAGGACUUACUGCCUAGGAAUUUGCAUAAUUUAUACCCUAUUUGAAGAAAUUCAAAUAUAUCUCGUAAUUUCUCCUAUACAUUUUAGUGAAACUUCGCACAGCAGAAGACAAGCAACCAAAGUACACGUACCGUAAUGCAUUUCCAACGAAAAUGCCGAUAAGCGCUGAAAUUCUAUUUAGAGCCAAAACUAAUGUGACAUCAUUAUCACAUGAUACUUAUUCCGAUACCCCCCAAAAAUGAUAUCAUGAUAUAUUUUCAUCUAUGUGUAUUGUGUUAAAAUGGUUUUACAAUAAAGAUCAAUUUGUUUUAGUAUUAGAGAUUUAAAAAUGGAAGGUGUACCUCAUACAAGUUUUUCAUGAAUCGGUGUCUGAUCUCACCUCAUUCUAUAGGAAAAUUCAUUACCUGACGAGGGAAUUCCACGUUAAAUUGCACGCGAAAACCGAUAUCGCACGAAUCGCGAAGCGAUGAGUGCGAUAUCGGUUUUCAAGUGCAAUUUAACGUGGAAUUCUCGAGUCAGGUAAUGAAUUUUCCUUGAAUCGCAUAAUUGAAUAAAAAUCAGAAGAAAAAAAAGAAAACAGCAAUAAUAUCUAUUGUUUGUUUUUAUCCUGAGCGCGCGCUCCAGAAAGCCAUUUCAAAGUCAACUGUCAGAACUGUCAUUGCGUUAGCGAAUAGGAAGCAAGGUCAGUCGUACACGUUUGAACCUUCGAUAACUUUUUUGUACCUUGUGCUUGUUUUCACAUUUGUUUUCAAACUUUUUUACAUGUAAACAAGCUUCACACUAAUCGUAAGGAUAAAUAGAGGUAUUUUACUGAAUUUAGAAGCCGUUUAUGUAGAACGUCUUUUUUCAAAUUGGUCAUUUGCUCGAGAAGGAAAAUAAUUUGCACCUUUUACCUCUUCGGCGGCAAAACUGAAAGAAAUCAAGUGUCCAAGCGAAAGCACUGAAAGUUUAACAUGUUUAACGUCGCGAUUGACAUAAGGUAAGUACCUUGAAAUGUUUUAGAAAUGCUGUUCAAGUUCAGCUCUGUUUUGUACUUUUCUAAGUACCACGAUUCAGGACGAUUGCAAGCGGCGUACUCUUUUUCGUGUUUUCAGGGGCCAUGUCCUCUUUGAAGGUAUUUAUUUCUUCUUCUGUAUAUGGGACAAUCGACCCCGGCACUUCCUCCGUUGUCGCUUCUCCGUUUUGUUUAGUUGAACUUUGGAUUGCCAUUUUCUGGACCUUGUUCACUGGAUUUUCUUGUUUUCUGGUUGUCGCGAGUGAAAGAGGUUUUAUGUCUCUUCGAGAAUCUGUAGUUCAGUUCAAAACAAGGAAGAACCUCCGGCUCACUUUAAAAAACGCUUUUGUUUGUUUUUAACUCUUCAAAAAGUGACAAUGAAUGGUUUUGAAAACAUUUUAAAAUGACAUUGUAGAAAACCUUUUUUGCAUGUUGUUGUGUUAGAAUUUGACGAUAGUUGUUACGUAGAUGCGAAACAAUAUCGCUUAGCCUCGUUUUCAACUCGCAAUUCCACACUAAAUACCUCGCUUCGUUAACCAAUCAGAAUGCGAGAUUUUACUUAAUUAUGCGAUUCUAACAAGUAUUGAUAAAAAGCUUAGAGUAGUGGUGGCCGAAAGGUAUAGGAUUGCAAUUAAUUAUUAGUAGGUCCUUGAUUUAAAACUUGGCCAUUAGAAUUGUACAGCGCUUAGAGACGUUAUGAUAAUCGCUAUAUAUAAGCAUUGUAUUAGUAUAUAAUAUUUGUAUUAGUGUUCAGAUGCCUACGCCAUCAAAGCCCUCGUUGAGCACCUACGGAAACCACCGACCAAAGUAGCAUUGAUAGGUCCCGGAUGUUCUAUCUCAGCAGUGCUUGUGGCGGCUGCCUCACACUUUUGGAACUUGAUUCAGGUUUGUCACUAGUCUCCCUUGCAGUCGUUUUUGUCUCGUCACGCAACGUUCCUCCUUAGCCUUGCGUGACGCGACAAAAGUGGCUGCGAGUGAGACUAGGUUUGUCACAUGCAAUAGCUUUUUACCGGUGUCAAUUUAUAAUUACUGUCAAUUUGUCGAGAAUUUUGAUCAAGCUGGUUUCGGAUGGCUACAACACCCAAUGAAGAGAUUUGGCCAAGAGCCAUGAGUAUAGUAAGCAGUGUAAGGAGCAGACCCAGUUAACAAGGGAAGUUUCCAUUUUUAGGAGGUGGCUUGGUCGGGGCAUUCUAGUCUUGGGUAGAUCACUUUAUAAAGGGGAAAGGUUCGCGUAGUGGUAAAAUUAGGGAACUUAAGCGCCAGAUGUUCUUGAUUCACGAACGGCAUGGCUGGCCGCGCACAACUGGAUCGGGACCCGGUUUACACGCCAAAUGGAAAUCAUUAUGCAAACCAACGUGAAACCUUCACGAAUGCCGACAGAAUAAUUCAAUUGAAAAUGUCUACGUCUACUACGCUUUUAAAGUUCUAACAUGACAAAAGAACUUACAGGGAUUGAAAACUGUUAUAUUGGACAUCAAAUGUAACAAUUUUAACUGUCUUCAUACUCACGUUUCUGAACCUCUGGUUUCAACCUGAGAACUCGCGUUUUGAAGUCCGUGACCGCAGCCCAAGAACUUCUUGACAUGCGCAGUAGCUGUCAUGCUGCAAUAAUACUUCCGGUUGGCGUCCGCGGUACCAAGAACGUCUGGUGUUUAAGUUCCCUUGUGAGAACAGUCACGACCUCCAACAAAUGUUCUCCAUUGUUUUCCCUUUGGCUCACCAAGGUACACUGUCCCAUUUCCAAAUUCGUUCUGGACAGCGCGGUUUUUUUUGACAAGGAGACGAGGACAACCGCUUAACUUUUUUACGCAAUUAUCUAAGCUAAGGCCUGUUUCAAACGUCGUGCUACAGCCCUGCUAAGCUGGCUCGACUGGUGUGCAGCUCGACUGCAGCACAACACUAGCACGACUUGAUUUCAGACGUCGAAAUUAAUUCAGUCGAAUAGAAUGGCUGUUGCCGAAAACAAAACACAAAAAUAAAGAAACGGUUUAGCAAACUUUUAAAUAUUUUUCUAAUGUAUUUAUAAUUUAUGAAUUGGGCUCGGCACCGCGGUAACACGACUUGGUUUCAAACGUCGCACUACUGCCGUGCUAAAGUCGAAUUUAAUGCGAUCAAUUGAGUUCGGCACUGCAGUAGACCGACGUUUGAAACGAGCCUAAGACCGGUUUUAAACAUAGUCAUCAUAUUUUAGUUUAUUUUGUUUUUAAGGUGACAGUUUUUCGGAGACCAUACCGAUAUUUUUCGAUAGCCUUUAACGUGAUUUUAUUCUUGUUCCAUCGGUAUAUCCUGAAUGACGUAUAUAACAAUGUGUGAAAUCUUCAUUAAGAUUGAUUCACUGCAACAUCUUGAAGUUUCAAGAAGAACCCAGCCUACGAACCCAAAAAUCCUGUUUAUGCUAAUAUUUCAAAUUCAAAAUUAUUCCAAAUUAAUGUGCACCAUGCCUUCCUCCAUGACUUUAGUACAUUUCAGUAUGACGUUUAUUGCAUCUUUUGAGUGUAGAAUAUUAACAAUUGUUGGCUUCACACUAGAGCUUCAAGUAUAAUCUAAGUGUACUUGGAACCUACUUUGAGCAUGAAGUGGUAAAAUGUGCCUACUUCAACUUUACUUGGUGACCAUGGAAACGUUCGUAGUUCAAAGAAGCCGAUGUUCGCCGCCAAGUAUGGGCUACACCACCCUUGAGAACACACUAGACCAAUAGGAAAUGGAAGCUAUGUGCACGUGCAGCGGUACAAAGAUUCUAAUGAACGGAGAGAUUGACCGCUUUUACUUCAAGUAAUACACUCUGUCAAGAAGUGUGAAGCCAUGUUUUCUACAGAGCAACUUAAGAUUUUCAAGUGCACUUGCUUACUUACUUUUCACGGAUGUUAUUUUUGCUAAAUACCUCACUUUAAGUUCCUGGUGUCGGAUUUUCUAUAUCAGGUCUAUCGUUAUGCAAAGAUUUUUGUUGAUUGUUGUCAUAAUAAUAUCGAUUUUACUUAAAACUGCAUUUUGACAAACUUAAAUCCAAAGUCAGUCAGUGGUGAAAAAUUUUAUACCGAUCGGACAAGGACAAAAUCACUUUUAAGGCGAUUUAAAAAAAUCGGUAUGGCCUCUGAAGAACUGUAUGAUUGUCCACUAAGACCUUUGUUGAUAUAAAUCAAGGCAGGACUAGCCUGUUCCAGGCUCCAAGAUAGUCGGGUCCGCGGGGAUUGAGAAAGCGCGAACAUGAAGAAACAACGCCCCGUCCCCCUUUUCGCGUACCUUUCACUUUCGCGUCUUCCCCUCUCUUUCGCGCCAAACCCCACUAUCUUAGAGCCUAAAACAGCUAAGGUAGGACUUCAGGGGCGGAUCUAGGGGGAGGGUGCAGGGGGCGCCCCCCCACCGAGAUGACCUUCGGUUUUCUAAUACAACUGGUAUACUGCAAAAAAAAACACUAUGUGGUUUAUUGGUGUUGAAGUAGAGCAAGAGACGAGUGCACCCCCUCCUAAAAAAAAUCCUGGAUCCGCCCCUAGACUUACAAUGCCAUAGGGUUAAUUAGCGAAAAACUAAGGGAAAAUACUUAACACAUACAUUACAUCAAAUUCAUUGUCAUUUCAGUUGGGAUUCAGUGCCGGUUCUUCUAGUCUUUCUGAUAAACGUCGAUAUCCGUUAUUCUUCCGGGUUAACGGCCCAGAAUUCACUCUGUACAAAGCUGCUGUUUCACUUAUGCACAGAUUCAACUGGAAGCGAAUUGCAAUUGUAAAACAGGACGAGGAUCUCUUCAACGACGUAAGUUGAUACGCAGUCUCUGUAAUAUCUCAUCUUCCCUAUUCUAGACGUUUUGAGACUGGGCAAUAGGCUGAUUUAGCAACAGAACGGGAACGUCAGUUGAAGACGGCGCGCGCAAAUCAAACAACUGGCUUGACCAAUAGCAGAGCGGCAAAUUGGGCACCGGAAGUCGAGUUUAAUCCUUUCCGCGCGCUUUCCCGCCGUCAAAUGACGUUCACGUCCUGUUGCUAAAUCAGCCUAAUAAGAUAACAAACUACACAUGCUAGGCCACCACUCAUAGAGAGUAAAAGAAACAAUAAAGUCGUCUAGAUUUUACUUGUUUAUGACUGACUUGGCGCCAAUAUUUUACAUUGAUUUUAGAGUAACGAGAAAUCCACUUUGUUCUCUGUUUUAUAUCAGGUGCACGAGCGUCUCCAGACCCUGUUAAAAAAAGAAGGGAUAUCCGUCAUUGCUGCAAACAGCUUUGUUAAGGUUCCAGAUAACGUCAUAACUGAUCUUAAGGUAUCAAAAGUACGAGGGUAAAUCGGAAGUUCCGUCUUUAAACCGUCCUAUAUUUCUCAUAAUUCGCCUGUCAUUUUAAAAAUCACAGUCACAUUCUCUCAAGCUAGCUUUCUUCUACUUCUAUACACCAUUGCAGCCUCAUCUCAGUUUCUAAAAGCAUUUACCGCUGGCAGUCUUGAGCAGGUAUGGUCAUGGACAGUUUUGGCAAGGUGUCGGGUCCUUGAAAAAAAUAUUUAAAGGCCGUUUUGAUUUCUGGAAACGAGUCGUGAAUGUCAAGGAGCAAAUUCAAGGAGGGUGGAAAUGGUGAAUUUUCUAUCAAAUGGAUACCAUUGUGAGCACAGUAGUCCUUUUUAGGUGCCCUUGGUGAGAAACCACAUUGUGGUGAAGCAAUGGAUUCUAGACCCGAGUUCAAGUCAUUUUUUUACUUGAAGGAGAAUAUGUAAGAGAAUCUUUGGAAAAACUGAAGUUGUGUAAUAUGUGGCAGGGAGUGUUGCUUUUUUAACAACGUGCCCUUGAGAAUUGAAGAAAGGGGCGAACAUUUUCGUUCUUGAACAGAAGACUGUUAAGACUAUAAACUGGACCGCUGGACGUGUUUCAUCUUCGGCCAGCAACACCAUACUAAAACGCUCAUCUUUAAUAGUGGAGAAAGAAAUCUAACACACUUAACAACUAUAAAAGCUUAUUUUUUUAGUUAUUUGUUUGACGCUACCAGCAGGACGCUGGGUAGAUAUAUUGUGAAUCAAUGAAGAAGGCCAAAAAUUGCUGACAGCAUUUGUUACCCCUUUUUGUGAGUUUUACUAACCUGAAAGAUCUAAAUAUGGCUGUCCUGUAGGGGAGCGAGCGUAAGCGUGCGGUGUAGCCGUCAGAGGGUUUUGACUCGCUGAGAUCAUCAUUGCAUUUUCCGUGCGAAAGCUAGCGCAAAAUGUUACGCGAAACACCACUUAGCGCUGAGCAGAAAAAAGUUCCUUCUACUUAAAGAAAACUUCUUUUUCAAGACACGAUUAGUUAGAAUCUGUUAAUUACUUCGUCCUCUUUUUUCUCUCACAGGAUAGAAGAGCUCGUAUUAUUGUCAUCUUGAUGUACGAGGACAAAUCGAGAAUGGUCAUGUGUGAGGUAUGUAAUGCUAUUAUAAUGAACUGAAUGUAAAGCACGGCGGUCAAAGCGUUUUGUUAAAGAAAUUCAGUCGGUAGAGCUCAUGACAGAGUGGCAGGUUGAGGGGUCGAUUCCCAGGGCCGGGCCAUUACUGAUGGUCUUUAAAUAACGGAGAAAUAAAGGUACUUCCUUUGUCCUACAAACGGCUGGACCUUCGCGUGGCUCGGAUGAUCACGUAAAAUGGUGGUCCCGUCCCCACUGAAGGAGAUUCUUCAAUUAGUCCCAAACACAUUGACACUCAAGUAAAAUGCAUUUUUCUGUCCUAUUUUUUGAUGGAAUAAAUAUGGCGCAUGUACAUUGUACAUGGUCCUCUAGAAAACAUGGUUUAUUUUUUUUAUCGUAAUUAUCAUAUUUUUAGCGUAGUUCGGCUGUCGUAUGAUGUAAAGAAUCUAGCUGAUCUAAGAGGCUGUUAUCCAGAAGGCAUGCAGUUAUCCAGAAGAGAUAAUAGUGAACUUCAGCAAAGACGUUUUUGAGCGACGCACGUCAACCGGAAGUGGUUUUUUUUCCAUUUUUGGACAGUGGUUUUGCCCAUUUUCUAGGACAACUUGUCUCUAUAAUAGUUAAGACACUUAGAAAUACAAAUUUGGGAGCGUCAAGGUGCUUUAAAAUGAAAAAGACCUCACUUCCGGUUGACGUGCGUCGCUCAAAACGCCGUUGCUUAAGCUCCCUAAUGUCUUCAGUAAUAACAAUACAGAAUACAGAAUAAUGCAUGGGGCAGAAAGGGAAUCUUAGGGCCUUGGCCGGGAUAUGUGAAUUUCACUGAAGUCUUUUUUAGAAGUUUUGUACUGAUUAAACGGAACUACAAUUCCUGGGUCGUCCGCAUAUUUUAACAGUUUGUUUGAAACUUAUCAAGUUCACGCGCGACUGCCUCAAAGCAAAAAAAAUGAACAAUACUGUAAUGGUGACUCACCAAGGGGGACAAAUAAACAUAUCACAUAAAUAUCACACAAACUUUGUCUGUAAACAAAUCGCUAAAUCAGUCGUAUUUUAUCCAGAACAGCUAGUAAUUAUCGCGUGCAUUCCUGUCGUAGUCGAACAUCAAGAAAUUCACAAUUCUUUACCAAGGACCUAGAACCUGGAACUGUCUUCCUGCAUCUGUUCCAAACUUGUCAAGCUUUUCUAUCUCUAAGAACAAAGUGCUAGAGUCUUUAUUAAAAUAGUUACUAAAUCAGUUUAGUCGCACUUCUUCGAAGCCCUUGUUUCUUAUAAUAUUGUGAUGUCGACGUGGCCUCUCUAUAUAAGCCUGGUGGUUUCUUGAGGUCUGCUCGCCUAACAACCUGCUGUAUCCUGUAAUUUUUGCUGUAAAAAAAAGGCUAAUAAAAAAUGAUGAUGAUGAUAGUGUCCCUCAUUGUUCUAUCUUGACAAGACUUAAUGAAAGUUUGCCGACCCCUCCGGACACCAACUUCCGAUUAAUCGAUCUAAAAAUAACUUUGGUGAAAUUCACAUAUCCCUCUGUGUCCCAUUAAUAGAUCAUCUCCUCGGAGUAGGUAGGUAGGUAGGUAGAUUCUUUAUUUAAAACUCGGUAAAAUCUUCAGUAAUAAUAGAGUAAAAAUCUAAUCACAAUUAAUUAGACUAAAAACUAUCGACAUACUGUUUUACAAGACUGCCGAGUGAGAGUCCAACGACUCAAAUACAUGUUUGAUUUGCUCUUUAAAUUUCCUGACUGAAUUACUUUCUCUCACAUUUUCGGGUAAAGAGUUCCACAACAAAGCACCGCUGUAACUGAAACUUCGUUUCAAGUAGUUAGUACGCGGCCUGGGCAACGUCAAUUUAUGAAAGGAAUUGCGCAAAUCAUAGUCUGUGCUUCGUUCGGGAAAUAGGUUCUGCAAGUACACUGGAGUUUGUUCAUUUAGAGAUUUAAACAUCAUUAUUGUUUAUGCUUCUUUCUCCUUAUAACUAAUUUGUCCCAUUUGAGUAUAUCAAGAAGCAGGCUCGAGCUAGUCCCAUAGUUGGUCUUUAAAAUUACUCUAGCUGCACGGUUCUGUAACUUUUGUAAUUUGUCACUCAGUUGAUCACUUAAGCCAUCCCAAACGAGGCUACAGUAAUCAAAGUGAGGUUGAAUUAAGGAGUUAUAGACUAGUACCGCAGUAGAUUGGGAGAUAAGGGGCCUGAUACGUCUAAGGGCACCUAUAGCCGAAGUUACCUUCUUACACAAUUCGUUAACAUGAUUAGACCAGGAAAGCCGAUUGUCGAUAAUGAGACCUAAUGAUUUUGCGUGAUCAACAUUGCUGAUAACUUGGUCUUCUAGUUUGAUGUUUAUUUCUUUAUGGCUUUCCGCGAGAAGCUUCUGGCGAGAGCCAAUAACCAUAAACUCGGUUUUCGCAACAUUAAGACUAAGCUUAUUGGCUUUUAGCCAACAGUGAAGGUUCAGUAGUUCUAAGUUAGUCUCUUGUCCAAGGUCAGCUAGAGAGUUACUGUUUAGAGGUUUUAACUGAAAGGGCCUUUGUACAUUUUGCUGUGUGGUAACCAAAACAUUUUUGUUUUGUCUAAAAGGCUCAUCGUCAAAACUUUUUCGGAUCUCAUAUUCAAUGGAUCAUCCCCGGAUGGUACAGUAAAGACUGGUGGAAAGUUAGAAAUUUGUCGGGCUGCUCGGUGGAGGAAAUUCGACGGGUGGCGAGAAACUUUCUUGCAGUUCAAGAAGGUUAUAUAAAUAACAUAACUAACACCCUCAGUGGCCUGGUAAGACGUUUUUAAUUUUUACCACCAUAUAGAUAAUUAAAGCAGCUGUUACCCGCGAUUAAGGUUUCCACCUCCGAUCUUCAACUAAGCAAUGAGCUACACAUGUACAAGCUGUCAUCCACGAGUCUCAUUUAUUCUGUUUAAUAAGCAGCAAUAAGUUUCCGAAAGAGAUUUACGCGGUCUAUGCGAACGUUUCUGAUCAAUUUCUAGUGUCUUCUAACAUUUAAAGGUUUGAAAGGUUGCCGACUUUUUGUCGGCCGUUUUUUGGUAUUCAAGGCAUAUUCUUCUAGGUUUGAAGAAAGGCCACUCCAAAAAAACAAAAAACAAAAACAAAACAAAACAAACAAACAAUGAUGAUAACGAUAAAUUGAAAAUUGUGAGCUGUUUAUUUCCCAACUGGUGGAAGACACGCACUACCCCAUCUAUGAAUGGAAGAGACGAAUGUAGGAUAGUAAAGUGGGAAUCCUCUUGCUACGGCAAGUCCCGAUGACAUGAAUGAGUACAAGUUAUGAUUCCUUUAAUUUUCGUAUCAUUCGUUCACUUUAGACAGAAGACGAGUUUUUAACGAUGUAUGAAGCAGAGCUUCAAAAUUACUCCUUCCCGAACAACUCCUAUGCUGUCUUUGGAUAUGACUCGGCCUGGGUACUAGCCUCGGCUCUGGAGAAAACUGUGAUGCAGCUAAAAGAAAAGAACAUGUCUCUUGGUAACUUCUCGUACAAGAGUGCUAGCAUUAGACAGGAAUUACGCAGUGUGCUCUUACGAACAAACUUGACUGGAAUCUCGGUACGCAUGGCUUUGUUUAUGUUUCUCUAAUAUUUUUGUGAUAUUGCUUAGAUCCUAAGACCAAUAAUUCAAGGGCGAAAAAUUCGACUUUUUUUAGUAAGGAAUGUGGUUUUUGUACGUGUCGUUCUCCUAUUUUGUCUGUUCUUUAAUAUCUGAAAUGCGGGUUUUGAGUGGGAAAUUUUCGGGGUAAAAGACCUAUUAAACAAGCAUUAACUUUGGAACGCCAUUACUAUUUGCUAAAGAUUCCGCUAUGGAAUCGAAAGCUUGUGUAUAAUACGUAUUUCCAACCUGGGAAUUGAAUUUUCCUUUACUCUUCAUAUCAGUAUGAUAGAAUUAAGUAACACUUUCUUCCCUAAAAACAUUCCCUUUUGUUUGCUCAUAAGCAACCAAACAGAAUAUUUUUUAAACUGACUAAAAGCCUAAGCGGCCAAAUUCAUAGUUAUUAAAUAAAUGUCAUUAUUCACCUUGAAAAAAAAUACAAGGUGUGCACUGCCCCUAUCUUCAUGGACUGUUUUCACGUCUUAUUUCUGCCAAGUUCUAGUAAGCAUUCUGAACCAUUCCAAGCAACCAUCACUACUUGUUAAGUUUAUGGUCACAGCGUUAACCAGUUGGUUUGGUUUCAGGGAUUCAUAAAGUUCGAUAAAAACCAAGAAAGACUUAACAAGAUUUGGAUUAAACAGUUUCAAGGUAACUUAAGCCUUCAAUAAAGAAUUGUAGACUGUAAAAAUCACACUUAACCAAUUAAGUCAUUUGUUUGAAAACUCAAGUAAAUUUAGACUCUGCUGCUGAUAAAUUAAAGUAAGUAACCUAGUAACUUAUUAUAACUUUUUAGGAGAUAAAGAAGUCAAAGUGGGUUACUUUGAUCCCGAACGUCACAACUUAAGAAAGGGAGAACUCACCUUCUUCGCUGGAGAGAACUUCACAUGGCCAGGUAUGGCGGAAUAACGUCAACUUUGUGAUCAAUAUAACAUAACACAACAUAACAUAACAUAACAUAACAUAACAUAACAUAACAUAACAUAACAUAACAUAACAUAACAUAACAUAACAUAACAUAACAUAACAUAACAUAACAUAUAACGAUCCAAAGUUUUUUUUCAGCAUUAUACGCCCUGAGUGAUAUUUUUGUAAGUGCUGGAUGUUAUUUCGAAAUCAGUCUGCGGGAUAUGUUUUUUCUAAAAUCACCCAUAACCCCCUCAAAAGUCAAAUGGUCGGCCGCUAAAAUCCACCAAACAUUCUCUCCAAUUAGUAAGGCACUGUGGCUGAGCGAUAAGACAUGAGACUUUAAUAAAGUUCAUUAUUAUUAUUAUUACUCAGUAGAUAGACUCUGAUCUGUCAAUCAUUUCUAAAGCCUUUUGAAACAAGAGGGACCAAAACUCUCUUGGGGAGAGGGGAUGAAUUUGUUUCUACUUUCCCCUACCCGGAAAGAACGUACGUACGGUGACGUCAUAACCAUAUUUUCUCGCAUCGAUAGUUUUCCAUUUUCUCUUAAUAGCUGUGGAAGCUCUGCUAAAAAAGCCAUCGCGUAAUUUAUUCACUGGAUAGAGAUUUAUGCAGUGGAAAGCGUUAUUAUCCACCCUUGGAAUAAUUGGGGCCUGUAGGAACUCAGGCACAUCUAGGUCGCCUUCACGCAUUUAGUCGAAAUUUUGUUUCGGAAAAUAGGAAAUUUUAGUUUAGGCCUGUCUUGUGUUCAAAGUUCAAUUCUGUCUAUGCAUUGUGUUCCAGACUGGUGCAAACAUGCACGCCAAGUUCAAUUUAAGGAUUUUAAUUAAGGGCUUAGUCCUAGACACAUCUACUGUAUCUAUGUAUCCCGGGUACCACUAAAUUUUAUUAAGAUAACUAUUGAUCGACCACUUGCGUGGUGAAGGCGAAGCCAUACUUCUUUGUGAUAACUUACAAAAUAAGUUAGGUCAUUUCCGUACUGAAAAUACCGCGCUCCUACUGGAUGACUAUUAUAAUGGCCUGAUACGAUCUUACUUGUUAUAAUAAUGAAAAUGAGAAUAUAACAAUCAUUAUUACUUCGAGGAUGCUGCUGAUGAUUUGCGAAUAAACAAUAGUAACAUUUUGUUGUGAAAACUCAAUUAAUAUCUUCUUCAGAUGGAAAACCUCCCAAAGACAAGGAUCCUUUAAACGAACGUUUAAUCAAGACAAACUUGACGCUGUUUUAUGUGAUGAGUUCCGUGGCUGCAACAGGGCUGCUCACAGCUUUUGGAUUACUUUUUGUCAACUAUCACUUCAGGUUUCACAGGUAACUACAUUCUUGAAGAAGCAAAGAUCGUGAUAGAAAAUCAGAUACUUCCAUAUUCUACCGCAGGGGCAAGUACUCAACGUGCCUGAUGACAUUUGCAAAUAUUCAAAGAAGAUAUAAUAAACAAGUAAUUCCUUGUAACGUAGAGGGGCUUGUCCUCUCCCGUCUCCUUCAUCAAUAGCCUACAAAUACAGCCGUCUCUCCCUCGCUGUCUUCUGCUAGCCGAGUGGCGAGUAGCGAAAAGGGACGGCUGUAUUUGCAGGCUUCUCAUCUAGAUCAUCUUUCUUCAGUCCUUUUCUGUUUUCCAAAAACGCAUGUUAAAAUAUCAUGUUUAUCUUAAUUUGUAUUUGUACUUUAUUUUUACUCCAUCCUAUAGAUAAUACAUUAGUUGUACGAUAUUAAUUAGUUCAAGGUUGUUUAAACUACGUGUACAUAAGAAAAAAAAGAAAAAAGAUAGAAUGGAGAAGGGCACAUUAUGGUAAAACUAAUUAUGGGCCCUUUAACAAAAUUGACUUUAUUCUAUUAUAGCUUUAUGCUCCAUGUUCCUUUAGAUAGUAUUAUUGAGUCAGUUAUUGCUGUUGGUGGAGUCUUGCUUUGGGUGAGCUCUGUUUGCUGGGAUACCCAAUAAUGUUUGGGAUAAAUUUGGCCACAAGAGUGGCCGUUUAUUAAAAAUGUUUUCCAACUUUCUUGUAGCAGUGAGCAGAGAGGCCUUUUGCCUCGCUUUCAUGUCUUAAAAACACAAUAUAUAAUGUCCCGGAUGGCAGGAACGCCCCGUCCCCAGUAACUGGAGAAAUGACACAUUAAUCAGUCACAUUAAGCAUAACACCAUUUAUUUCUUUCAGAAAUAAAUUUCCUUUGUUAUUCAUUAAAACACAAACAAGCGCGCACGCACACACACACGCACAUAAGUCAAUAUUGAGCAAGAUAAUAUUUUUUAAGUGCCAAUUUGAACAGGAUUUUUGAUGAUUUAUUGUGAAUAGAAAUGGGGAGAUCGUUCCAAUAGUAUUUUCCAAUAACGGUAGGACAAAACUUUCGAAUAUUAAUUCUUGAGUAUCUGAAGAUUCUUAUCUCGUUUAAUUUUUCCCCACUGCUGCUAGAUAUAGAUUAUACAGACUACAGCAAGAGCUUUUUUAUCUUGUUUGUAAAGUUAAGUUUGCUGAGUCUUCUCAGUUAUUAGUAUAGGCGACUUUUCGUGUGUUCGGGGUUGGGAUUCGCUCCACUAUUUUAGACAAGAAAGUAAAGACGGUGGUACCACAUAUAAUGACCCGCUAUGGCGGUCACCCUACGUAAAGUGCACUUUUCAAACCGGUACAGCUAUACCGAUUUUCUUUCAGUACAAAAACUCUUCUCGAACAGUGGUGGGGGUUCUUUUUCUUUUACGUCCCUCAAGAACCAGAAAAGUGAAAGUGCUGUGAGACAGGACCUAAGGUUUUUAGUUAUUAUCUGAGAAGACGAGAAAGUCUAAUUAAAAUAUUUUUUAGAUGUCAUUCCCAAAGGCAGCACUUUCUUCUCAGUUAUUUAAAGACCCUGAGUGUCGGUCCGAACGGGGUUUGAAUCCGCGACCUCUCUUUCAGCAUACCGGUGCUGUCCCAACUGAACUAACCAGGCGGCGGCUAAACACCACGCUUAAUGAGUAUUUCUAUGAUCCUGCAUGAAGCGGCUAUCUCUACCAGGUGGCCAACAGUUCAUAAGCCCAGAAGGUAGCUGCUAUAAACAGGUUUCACUGCAGUUGUAGUCUGUCAUUAUGGGAUAACAGUUGAUGACAGCAUUACCGUAUUUUUACUCGAUUGAGUGACCGGGGCGCCUAUCAAAAGUUUUUGGAUCUAGAAAGUAGGUGGUUAUUCGAGGUUGGCGCUUUUCCCUAUUUUCAGUAAGUAGUAAGUGUAUUCGGCAACAAACAAUAAAUAAUGACAAAACGUGGCGAUGUACCAAGGCAGAAUUGUAACCGUCCAUGGAAAGUUUCUGUAAAAUACUAAGAAAACUCGGUAUUUGGGGAAAUUUAUCAGUACCACUUAAUUUCAUUGUCCUUGUCAGUAAGGUCAUGUUUGGGGGGUCGGGCGGGGUUAGGUAGGUGAGCGCUUAUUGGAGGCUGGUAGCUCAUUAACGUUUCCUACAUAUAGGGGCGGUUAUUCGAGGUGGGUUAAUCGAAUACAUACGGUAUCUUUCUUUCAGUGUAAUAAGGCAAUCAUCGCCUAGGCUCAACAAUGUCAUUGUGAUAGGCUGUUUGCUUUUUUUAUUGCUGUGUGUUCUUGUACGGAGCAGAGGCUUUUGUUGAGUCACGUGGUACACAUACUGUCAUCUGUAAGGUAAGUGAAUAUUGUAGCUAAAAUCUGUUUCAGGUUAAACCGGUAUUCAACUUCUUUAGUUCCAAUCAGAAUUGCCUUUGUUCCUUUUUUUCAAUUCUGAUUUUUUCAAUGCUACGACAGGUUGGUUUUCUCAGUAUUUCGGCGCUUGCAUUGGAUCGAGUGCGCUGACGUCACUCGAAACAGCGCGAUCAUUGACUCAUUCUCCCCCAGGGAAUGCGACGUCAUAAAGUAAUUAAAAAGCAAUAUAAAGAGAGUAUCAAAGUAGACCUCUUCCUUUAUCUUUACAGAGGAAAUCAGUAGAGGAUGUUUUCAAUCAGCUUAGCCGGGUUUUCCUCAGCUUUUAAUUUACGAGAAAAGAUUAAUAACAAUCCUCUUAAUCAAUCACUUACCGCCACCUAUAAUAUUAACUGUUCAAAAACUGAUCCAUUUUGUUUAUAAUAGGUUAGACGGGGGAUGUGCUCUCUCAGCUUCACUCUCGCCUUUGGCACGAUGUUUGUAAAGACUUGGAGAGUUUACAAAAUUUUUACCAAUAAGCAGCUUUGUAAACAGGUAGCUUUAAAAGUGACCUCCUAGUUUGUGUUUCAUUUAAUUAAGUAAAUGACAAUCCUGUUUUGCUCAAGGACCUCAAGUUCCUGACGGAGUAUAAAAAGUGUUUUACCUGAUUCUCGCUACCGUGUUAGUGGUACAUGCACUGUAAUGUUACUAAUUGUCAGUGAAAAACAUAACAAAGUUCCCCAGUAAAUUAUCGAAGACAAGGUAUGGACCAAAAGAGGAGACGCCAUAAAUAUCAGAUAAGACGUUAAAGUUUAAUUUCCUUAGUGCCAUUUUGAGAAAGGCUUCAAAGACAACGAAGUUUUCAUUUUGUUGGUUUGGUUUCAGGGAGCUAACAAGAAAACCAACUGGCUCAUUUAGCUUCCUAGCUUGCACAUUAUUUUCAUUUAAUUUAGUUAGUCUUCAAUUGUAAGUAAAUCUAAUAGAUUGUAAUAUCGACCAUGUACAUCGACCAAAGCAUAAUAAAAACUGUUUCUAUUGGUUAUUUAACAAUUAUUUCAUACGACUUUCGUAUCAUGAAGUGAAGAAUUUGGCAGAUCGGAAAAUAUUUUCAAUGAAUAAGUAACAAUUAUUGGACGAGGUUGAGCAAAAUAUCAGGAUUUGUCAGUGGAGUCACCACUGAAAAAUCAAGAUAUUUUGCGAGGCCGAGUUCAAUAAUUGUUUUAUCAUUCGGUCACUGAGUUUGUUUUUAAAUGAAAAUCACUCUCUGAAAUGUCAGUAAAACGAUCUGCCAUUUUUACGCAAGAGCGACCGCAAGGAGCAGAAAAACGUGGUUUCAUUUACGCAUGGGCAGAAUAUUAUUCGCAGCCAAACACGGUUGGACGACAUUGUGCAUAAGCAGACCACUAUUUCUAGGCAUUUAUUUGCAGGCCACGUGGUGGGCUAGCUUUCGACCAAUGAAAAAGAAGAAAAAUUUGCAUCGAAUGAUAAUUAGACAUAUUGAAUUUUGUUCCCUCAGAUAACGAUCGUUGCUUUUCUCUCUUUAUCUUUCCAGCUGGGUAUGCUUCACGAUCGUCACUUGUUGGCCAUUGUGUUUGGACUUGUUUGUUUGGAUGUGGUAUACAUUACAGCUUGGGAAAUAGCAGAUCCUAUUACAAGUUACGUGCAACAUUUAGGCAGG